UACUGCGCAUGUCAGAAGUCCGCGCGGCCGUUGCGCCAUUGGUCAGACCAGCAGCCAAUCACGCGCCUCUGGACUGUGAUUGGCUGCUGAGGGGAGCAGGACCUUCGCGGCGCGCGCUGUUCUUCGGUUCUGUUGGACUUUUGGUUCCGUCCUGCACCGGGUUUGGGUUCAGGACGUUUUUACAGGUCGGUUCGUGACGUCAGCUGGACCAGUUUACGGCAGCGGAAGCGGCGCGUGCAGCUCUGCGGCUGAUAACGGGGCUUUUGCCGAACAGAACCGGUUCUGUUCGUGAAGUUAGUGUCUGAUUCACAGUAGCAGAUCCGGACCGGGCCUGGGCUUGUCACGUGGAAACAUGACGUAAUCACAGCAAAAGUUCGGUCCAGACCGGCGUGGAUCCCGGAAAUGACCGGAACUAAAACAUGGAAUCAACUUUUCCCUGAAGUUCUGAUGAAGGUUCCUCCAAGAACGUUCAGAAACGUGAACCAGAGGCAAAAGUUUCUCCCAACGUAGAAGUUCUGCUGAUGGAGGAUCUGAGCGUUCCUAGGAGGGAGGAGCUGCAGCCUGACUCCUCCCCUGUGGUGGGGAUCAGUGUGUGUGACUCCGCCCCCUUGAUCUGGCGGGUGCAGGACCUGAAAGUGGUGAGGUCGGGCGGCCUGGUGGGGGCGCUGCUGGGUUCUCUGCCCCGAACACCCCGGCAGAACGGAAGGCUGGGCCGGCCGCUGCUGCUGCUGCCAGAGGAGGAGCGGCUCCUGAGGGAGGGGCCCGGCGCCGCGGUACUGCCCCGCCCCGGCGGUGAAAGGGGGGCGGAGCUAAAGAGGCGGUUCGAGGAGGAGCAAACGAGCAGCCAGGAGGAGCAAAGCGUUCUGGCCCUUCAGGACAGGAAGGCGGCACUGCUCCGAGCUAUGACGUCAUCACUCACAGAGGAGGCCCAGCAGGACCGCCUGGGGGCUCUGGAUCAAAACUUUGUCUUUCCUCGGUCUGCACUGGCGGUCCAGCUGAGCACGGCGAGGGCGGGGCUACAUUACUGCCCCGAGGCACGGUCCUUUCUGGAGGCCGAGCAGCCAAUCAAAACGCAGCCUUCCCCAUCCUCCAGGUUCCAGGUGUUCAGGGAUUUACGGGGGCGGGGCUUCUUCUUAACGUCUGCGGGGAAGUUUGGAGGAGACUUCCUCGUGUACCCAGGUGAUCCGCUCCGCUUUCAUGCCCACUUCAUAGCCGUCUGCGUGGAGUCGGACCGGCCCGUCGGAGUUCUGGACCUGCUGGCCGUGGCACGUCUGGGCUCUAACGUGAAGAAGACCGUGCUACUUUGCUCGCCGGUGGCAGACGGAGACGUCCGCUACACGUCCUUACAGUGGAGCGGCAUGGUCUGAGCUGGGCCCAGCAGAACCCAAACUGGACCGGGGAUCUGGGCCUCAGAAUGGGGGUCACAUGACCAGCCUUCUUUAAGGGUCAGACCUGACUGGACCCUUCCAGAACCUUCUGUUCUGAGGAUCAGAGAAGUUUCUGGUUCUGCUGGCCCAGCGGCCAGAUCCACAAUGAAUGGAUUUGACAGAACCUGGAUGGACUGAAGACCUCAGACAUGGAAGGACUCAACGUUCAAUAAAAGAUUACUCAAAACCAGAA